AUGGUGCUCUUAACUCCCUCGACCGUCUCCUCCAUCAUAUCCAUGGGAGUCAUCUUCAUAUUCACAUUCCUCUUAUUUCUAUCCGGCUACGUCCUCCAGCAGCAAUCCGUCCGAAGCAUCCAACAAGCCCUCAAGCCUCCCCUAGACUCCGAAUACCCCCUCGCCAGGCAUGGAUCGGGAUCGACAUAUCGGAAUGCUAGGAGGGAUACCAGUUAUGACCAAUCCUACCACGACAGCAGCAAUGACAGACAGCAAGACAACAAUGGCAACUACGCAUACGUUCAACUCCUCUCCACCCCCGACCCCGCGAACAUCUGCUCCGCAAUCCUCUUCUUCCACCAUCUCUUCAAAAACGGCACAGCAGUUCAAGACCGUCUCUUCAUGUACCCGCAAGAAUGGGACCAACCCUCGUCCAAGAACAAGAAACUCUCGAAGCCCGUCGCAAAAGCUCUCUUCCUCCUCCGCUCCGCAAGCAUCAAAUAUAACAUAUGGUUAUUGCCUAUCGACAUGACAGCUGCGACGUCGGCGGGUUAUGCACCGACAGAUACGAAGCUGCUCCGUCUGGGACAGAUUCAGUUCAUGCAGUAUGAUAGUGUGUUAUAUGUGCAGACACCGGGGUUACUGCUUGAUACGGGGAAGUUGGAUGAUUUGUUCUUGUCAAGACCGCUGCCGCAACGGUAUGACCAGAAUCGACGGGAAUCGUGGGAUAAUGAAGCUUGGACUUCUAUGCCGCUGAAAGCCGAGCGGAAUAAUGCGCUCCCGCCUGUGUACCUGGUCACGGUUAGUAAUGUUGGGGCUGGACAGGUUGAGGCACGAGGACAUGUUCCUAAUAUGAAACUCCCUGGAUUUGAACAGCUUGCGGCGGGUCCGGAGGCUGUUCAGGCAACUAGGGAUGAUGGCUAUGAUGAAAAUGAACGACCGGGGUAUGUAUUUUUCGAGCAUGAUCGUGACGGACAUGUUCGGUGGGCCGGGAACCCGUUUUACGGGACUUGGAGAGCAGGACUGUAUGAUGUAUGUGAUGGGCUUGAUCUUGAUGAUAAUAUCCAUGAUGAUGACCUAUGA